CGGAAAGCUCAGACCCGGAGGGCGGACUCAGCUCGGCGGAGUUCGCGCGCGGAAAGGAGCUCAACGAGCCCUUCACUCAAGGCUCAUAUUCUCUCUUCCCUAGCUUUCAACCAUUCAAUGCGAUCUCUAUUGUCAUUUCAUCCUAGUCUCCCUUUCAGCUGAACCGAUCUCUCGACCACGCAGUCCUUUCACCAUAAUGGUGGCCGGCAAAUCAGCAGCCAUCUCGUUCGACGAGAUUAUCAAGGCUGAUCGCCAAAAACGCAAGAAUGAGGCGCUUGCGAACGAGAUUCUAGGAAAGAACAGGAGAGCGAGCGCGCCGGGGGCCGGAGUGGCCAGCAAGAAACAGACAGCUGCCUCUGGGAGCCUCGCCAGCAGAAUCGGUGUUGCCAAGCGUUCGGCGUCUACCUCAUUCAAACCGAAACAGAACACCGCUCGUCCAACAACCGGGAAUAAGCGACGAGCAAACGACGAUCGCCUCGUUGCCGCCCUUCAGCCGGAGAAUGGACAGGCAACAGUUCGAAGUAAUGGCAUUGGGAUCUCUAUUAAAGGCGCCGGUUCAGGGCCGUUUGUCGUGAUUGGCAGCAAUUUUGCGCUAGGCACUACUGCUGCAGAUAUCCAGUCUGCGCUCGAGCCUGUCGGAGGAGCUAUAGUCAGUUGCAGAGUGGUGUCUACGUAUCCCACUGUGACCGCAGAAAUGGCCUUUGCGGAGAGACAGGGUGCUGAGAGUGUGGUCGCAAACUUCCAUAACCAGAGGGCGGAUGGUAGAAUACUUUCGAUGAAACUCAAGACAGCCAGAGGCUUCAAUCCACCAACCGAGCCUCGUGCAUUCUCAAACCAGAACUCCUACGAUGGUUUCAGGGAACAAGCUGACCGUGUCCGCCGCGAGAAUCGCAAAGCCGACCCAUUGAUCCAAGACGAGACGUUCGGCCGACGUCGUAAUGGCCGAGGUAAUAACCCCGGCGGUAGACGACAAGAACAAGACUCCGGUCUCUAUAGCGAUGAGAUGAUGGUCGACGCCCCGGCACAAGGAUCAAGAGGCAGAGGACGCAAUUUCCGAUAGGAAUAUCGUCCUCUCAACAGGGUUCUCUUCGUAGUAACGCUGCGUUCGAAUUGUUUGUGAGAUACGGAAUCAGCGUUUCCGGCCUGAAAAUAUGUACUUCAAUACCAGAUGGAUAUGCUGCAACGCUUGUGAAAAUGAUUUAGACUUAAGGCAGGCCUGGGGUUGGCAGAAGGUCUGCAAUGCGGCGCGAAAGGUUUUCUCUUUUGCUCUUUCUGUUUUAAUAUAUUACAGUUUCAUUUUCCUUCUCUUCCCGUAUUUUUACCUAGUCUAUCCACGAGUUCGCUGAAUCUCAUCGGCUGUAAC